AUGAAUUUAAUACCGCUAAAUAUUCUAAGUGCAGCAAAAACAUUGAUUUCAAUUGGUCGUGUGUAUUUUGAUAUGGCUCAGUAUGAUGUCGCUAUAGAAUAUUUUACUAAUGCUCAUAACGUAUUUGAAAAAAAUAUGCCGAUUGAAAAUAGAGCGGUUGCAGUAAAUCUUCGUGUUAUAGGCUCCUGCUUCUUUAUAAAAGAUGAACUUGAAAAAGCAAUGGAAUAUUAUGAAAAAGCUUUAGAUAUAUGUGAAAAGGUUUUACCAAAUGAUCUUCCGCUUAUAGCUUCAAUCUUAAAUGGAAUAGCUGUCAUAUAUUAUAGAAGAGGUGAUUAUGAACGCUCGAAAGAAUAUCAAAAAAAAUCUUUAAAUAUAAAUGAAAAGAUUUUUCCAUCUGAUCAUAUUUUUAUUACCAUGGAUUACAAUAAUUUAGCAAAACUUUAUUAUAAAUGUGGCAAGCACGAUACAUCACUCGAGUAUAAUUAUAAAGCUUUAGAAAUAAGAGAAAAGGUGUUUGGAAUGGAUAAUCAACAUAUUGCAAGAAGUCUUAAUCAUAUUGGAAAAAAUUAUUACAGGUUAAAUGAAUAUGAUCGUGCAUUAACCUAUUAUGAGAAAGCUUUAAAUAUGCUACAGCGUAUUGUACCAACUAAUCAUAUGGAAAUUGCUUAUACAUUAAAGAAUUUUGGUGAAAUAUUUUUGAAAAAAUCAGAUUAUAUUCAAGCUUUAGAAUAUUUCGAAAAAGCAUUGGAAAUAUACAAACAAGCGUUUAAAAAAGAUCAUCGUGACAUAGCUAAAUGUCUUAAUUAUAUUGGUAAAGUAUAUUUUAAAAAAGAUGAAUGUGACCUAGCAUUCGAAUAUUAUUCAAAAGCGUUAAAUAUGUGGAACAACACAUCAUCAGUUAAUCAUCCUGAUACAGCUGCAUCAUUAAAGAAUAUUGGUGAUUAUUAUUUUAGAAAAAAUAAUUAUCAUAAAGCUUUACAAUAUUUUAUACAAGUUUUAGAAAUUUAUGAAAAAAUUUUCCCGUAUAAUCAUCAAACUAUCUUAAAAAUUCGUAAUAACAUAAAUGUAACAAAAAAACGGAUUGAAAUGUUUGGUUAG